AUGAUGUCUGGACGAGGUAAGCAAGGCGGGAAAGCUCGCGCCAAGGCCAAGACCCGAUCUUCACGGGCGGGGCUCCAGUUUCCCGUUGGCCGAGUGCACCGCCUGCUCCGCAAGGGCAACUAUGCCGAACGGGUCGGGGCUGGCGCGCCGGUGUACCUGGCGGCAGUGCUGGAGUACCUGACCGCGGAGAUCCUGGAGCUGGCGGGCAACGCGGCUCGCGACAACAAAAAGACGCGUAUCAUUCCGCGUCAUCUGCAGCUGGCCAUCCGAAACGACGAGGAGCUUAACAAACUGCUCGGCAAAGUUACCAUCGCUCAGGGUGGGGUCCUGCCCAACAUCCAGGCCGUGCUGCUGCCCAAGAAGACUGAGAGCCACCACAAGGCCAAGGGCAAGUAA